CUCUGCACACAGCCGUUUAAAGUCGCUGUUGCAAUUUUAAGCGGAUUCUUGUUCACAUGGAGAAUCGCUGAAGCGAACAGCUGAUCGGCCUAAGCACACCGUAUCCGAAAAGAGCGGACAUGCAAAUUAAGUUUCUCCGAAAAAAAUGAUAGCAACGCAAAACUAAAUACAAUUUUGACGAUUUCUUUACCAUUAGAAAAUUGAUCAACAAUUAGAUUCCAAUUUAUUCAUUCAUUUAUUCAUCCAUUUAUUAGGCAACAACUUUGGAAGAAUAAUGCUUCCUCAAUGGCUUUUUCUUUAGAUAAAUAAUGUACGUUUUGGUGCAACAGAUUCCCGGUCUUGCCAAGAAGGACAUAAGCUGGACAUUGGUCAUUCCCUUAAAAAAGCGUGACAAUAUAUUUUUUAGUGCCUAGUACUCACAUCGACAAAAACCGAUGGCUAACCAUAAGUGUAAGCGAGAAGCCAAUAACGCUUUUCGUCGGGUCUGUUUUUCAGCGCGGUACUGAGAUGAGCUAAUUAAAUACCAUAAAAAUAUCAGAAUUUGCGAAUGAAUUUAGAGGAACGCCGUUCGCCGCGGUCCAAAGAAUAUGUUGAUUGAGUGGUCCAUUCUGCUUCCUGCGGUGUUCAUGCAAAAGCGGUGUGGAAACUAAAAAUUUAAGAUGGAAGAAAGACCCCGAAAACGCCUGCAAGAGGAAGCAAUACCACAACAGGGCGAAUCCGCAGAAUAUUUUAAGUGCUGGAGGAGAUCCAGUAGAGAAUCCCAGUGGGAAGGAACAUUCCGAGUGGGACUUCGCUCUCUACAUGGACAUCCUGCCGGGCGUGUCCUCGGUAAGAAACUCUCCACAGCUUGGCAGCUAGUGCGGAGCUGGAGGUCGCGUUGGAUUCUAUGGCGUGGAGGGUAAAAGGAUGCCUGCUGAGGGACAUCUGGAGCCACUUCCUGCAGCAUCAGCGUAACAACCCCGUUUCCAAAACGACUCCCACUUCCUCAAGGUCCAAUAUGCCUAUUGGGACUGGACUCGACUGCAUGUGACUCGGGUAAGAUUUCAAAGCAUCCG